GUCUUUUCCAAACACACAGCCGUUUAAGUCUUUUAGCAACAAGAAACAUGAAAAGCUCCUUCACCUUCACCACCUUCUUCUUUGUUCUUCUCCUUACCUCUUGUGUGGUGAUGAGUGCAAGGAUGCAAGAGAGCACAAACGAUAUAUUGAAGCCAAUAACAUGCAACACCAAUGCAGACUGUGCUAAGUUUUGCAAAGGUCCUAUCCACAACUGCGUCUACCAUACUUGUCAAUGCGUACCCGGAAAUCCUAACUGUUGCUAG